CUGGAAGAGGAGAUCCGCGCCACCCUACGGCGCCGCGUGGUCGAGUCGGUCCGCGGCGGCGAGGCGCCGUUCGUGCCUGUGCUGUGCGGUUCGGCCUUCAAGAACAAGGGCGUGCAACCGCUCCUCGAUGCCGUGGUCGACUACCUGCCGUCGCCGGGCGACGUGUCCCCCAUCAGCGGGCUCGAUCCGCGCAAGCCGGACGAAGUGAGGGUCGAGCGCCCGGCCGACGACGACGCCCCGUUCUCGGCGCUGGCGUUCAAGAUCAUGACCGACCCGUUCGUCGGGCAGCUGACGUUCAUCCGCGUCUACUCCGGCGUGAUGAAGUCGGGCGCGUCCGUCUUCAAUCCGGUGCGGGGCCGCCGGGAGCGGGUAGGCCGCCUGCUCAAGAUGCACGCCAACAAGCGCGAGGAGAUCCGGCAGGUGUACGCUGGCGACAUCGCCGCCGCGGUCGGCCUGAAGAGCGUCGGCACCGGCGACACGAUCUGCGAUCAGCAGUCCCGGUCGUGCUCGAGUCGAUGGAGUUCCCCAGCCCGGUGGUCUCGCUGGCGAUCGAGCCCGAGACCGAAUCGGACCAGGAGAAGCUGGCGACGGCGCUGGCCCGAUUGA